AAAUUAAAAAAAAUAUCGAAAAACCCUUAAACCCUCGAAGUUUCCCGAAAAAAAUCCCCUCUUUAGUUUCUUCUCUCUUCAUCUUCUACCAAAAACCCUAAACUUCUCUGCUUCGUUUUGAUCAGUUGAUUGAUUGAUUUUGCUCUCGCCUUCAGCAGAGCUGGUCGUCUCAUUUGCUUUGACGGACAAAUUCCACUAUAGCACAAGUUUUAUCUGGUACAACUGGUUUUCUCCUUUCCGUUAGAUGGGUGAGAAAGAUUUGGAAAUUGAGGAAACAAGUCCACCACGUAGAGAAGAUGAAACUAAAACACAAGUUGGAAAAGUAAAAAAGAAGAAGAAGGUGAAGGCUGAAAAGCGUGGAGUUUGUCACGUAAGUAGAGUACCGCCUCGUAUGGACCAUGUGAAACUUCGCCAGGUUCUUUCUCAGUUUGGAGAAAUUCAGAGAAUAUAUCUUGUACCUGAAGCUGCUGCUGCUCAAAUGAAUCGGAAACGGGCAGGUGGAUUCCGAGGACAAGCAUUUUCAGAAGGGUGGGUUGAGUUUACAAAAAAGAGUGUUGCCAAAAGAGUCGCAAAUAUGUUGAAUGGUCAACAGAUGGGUGGAAGAAAAAGGUCAUCAUUCUAUUAUGACAUUUGGAAUGUCAAGUACUUGUCUAAAAUUAAAUGGGAUGAUGUUACUGAUGAAAUUGCACAAAGGCAUGCAGUUCGUGAGCAGAAACUAGCUUUGGAGCUUUCUGCUGCUAAGAGGGAGCGUGAUUUCUAUCUUACACAAGUUGAUAAAUCUCGUGCUUUAAGUUCUAUUGAAGAACGAAUGAAGAAGAAGCAAAAGGUGCAACAGGAAUCUGGGGUAAUUUCUGAUUUCCCAAGUGAUCAGUUUGCACCAAAGGUGAUACGACAAUUUCCCCAGAAAAAACCUGUGGCAGAUCAAGCUGGGAAACUCAAGCCUAGUCUGUCUAAGGACGUUUUGGCCGGAGUAUUUGGUGGUCAAUGACAAGGGCGUACCAGUGCAAACAUUUCAGAAAUUGUGCUUGCCAAUUUUUUCAACCACAUUUGAUUUUGUUGCCUUCAAAAACUUCAUCUCUGACUGUUAUUAGAUGUUAAAGUUAAACCUCAAUCAAAAUUUUUAUCUUUAUUUGCAGUUGAUUGUAGAUGUCAUAUCAAAUGUUUGUGUAGCCUUGUUUAACUUGUCUAAUUUCAAAUGGACUAAUGUAUCUCUCAUGGAUCAGUAGAUGAACCAUUAGGACUGUACGAUUGUGCAGUCUGUGAGACGUAUUGAGCUUAUCUGUCCUUACCUUGAACCGAUCUUUGAUUAAAUGGUAUAGCUGGUUAAUAAUCCUCUCAAGACUACUUAUCUAUAAUCUUUAAUGUGUGUGCGUGAUUCUGGUGCAGCCAUGAAGCUCCUCAGAAACCCUCUCUGGACCCAAAUUCUACUCGUUCAAAGUAUAGGGCACCGAUACUUUGCGGCCACACCGGAAGAGUACGCCAACAGAAACUAUGCCAACAAUGAGUCUGAAUACAUGAUUAUGGUUCCAAUUAUUAUAUGAAUGAAUUAGGAAUUUAUUGUUGAGCAAUCUGUUUAACCCUAUUGAAAGAGGUGGCAAAGUUUUUGUUUCACCUGAUUACAAUCAAUCUAAAGAACAACAAAGGGAAAUCACCAUGAAGAGAAUUGGGUACCUUCUUAAACAUGGGCUUUUUAAGAAAUGGCUUACUGGUGAAGGGCCUGAAGAUGAGUUGAGGAAAUUAGUUCUCUUGGAUUGUCUUGGCAUCUAUGAUCUGCAAUUCUAACUGAUAUAUUUGCAAGUACCGUUCAGGUUCGAGCUGUUGAAACAGUCGCAACGUAUGAUUUAAGCACAGGAGAUGAGGGGUUAUGUAUUGAUUGAUGUACUUUUUUAUCUUCUUUUAAUGGAAAUUAAACAACUUCUUUUGAUAGAUGAAUCUUGAUUUC